AUGUCUUUCGAUCCCUCAACCUCUCGUCUCGCCAAACUUACGACAUCGCUGCUUGAAACCGUAUCAAAGCUGGAGGAGGCCCUACACGCGCAACGGUUCCCCUCCCCAUCUUUCGACGAGGAUGCUCCAGCGCUCUUUCCAAAGGAAGCCAUUGGUGUUCGAGAUAUGGCCAUUGACUAUGCUGCGGAGAUUCAGGACUUACUCCAAGGUCCUCUGGACAUAAUAUACAGACAUGGCUCAUUCAACAACUGCGUAUCUCUACAAGCAAUAUCGCGUUUCAAGAUAGCCAGUCUGGUACCAGCCGGUGGUCAAACCACAUAUGCCAACAUAGCCAAGGAGACUGGUCUAGAUGAGCGGGCGGUGCGUCGAAUUAUUAGACACGCCAUCACUAUGAGGGUGUUUCGCGAGCCAGAACCUGGUAUUAUAGCUCAUACGCAAGCAUCCAAGGCGUUGACUAAUCCAAUCGCUAAUGACUGGGUGAGCUGUGGAACCGAGGAGAUGUGGCCUGCUUCUGCAAAGAUGGUGGAAGCUUUGGAGAAAUGGCCUGGCUCUCAGGAGCCAAAUCACACGGGAUUUGCUCUCGCGAACAAUGGCGAGAGCAUUUACCAGGUUCUUACCGGAAAUCCUGAACGGGCCUAUCGAUUUUCUAACAACAUGAAAGCAUACAUGUUGAUGCAGGAGUAUAACGUCUCACAUGUUAUUACCGAUUACGAUUGGGGAUCUUUGGGUCACGUUCAGCUUGUAGACGUCGGAGGUGGUGCAGGCCAUGUGACCAUGGAGCUUGCUAAGCACUUUCCAAAAAUCUCCGUUGUUGUUCAAGAUAUGGAGAGAAUGGUUGAAAAAGAGGGGUCUCGUAUUCCAAUCGAACUGGCAGAGAGAUUCAAGUACGUGGUGCACGACAUGUUUGCACCGCAGGCAGUCCAAGCAGACGUGUACUACUUCCGCUGGGUCUUCCACAACUGGUCGGAUAAGUACUGUUCCUUGAUUAUCAAAGCACUCAUACCAGCAUUGAAGCCAGGAGCAAGAGUUAUCCUCAACGAGGCGUGUAUGCCAGACCCGGGCGCCAUUCCGUAUUGGCGAGAGAAAUACUUGCGGUCAUUCGAUCUCAUAAUGGGUGCGGGUUUUGCGGCCCAUGAGCGAAGCAUUGGUGAGUGGAAAGGUCUAUUCGCAGAGGCAGACCCAAGAUUUACGUUCCAGAGUGUGAACCAAUCUGAAGACUCGGCACUCGCCAUCAUCGAGUUCGUCUGGGCAGCCGAGAAGUGA